AUGGCCGUCUCGGACUCAGGUCCUGUCGUCAACACAACCCCGCUCGUCACUCUCCUCGAGCGCGUGCAGAUCACGGCACUACGAUCCUACCCGAAAAAACAAAGCCCUGACCCCAAAUUCUACAUUGAUCUGUCCCUCAAGCUCCCUCACAAUCUCUCCACCGUCGAAUCAGCCUUCAACGAUCUCACGAGCGGAUCACGUGACCUCUCAGUGCCGGUGGAGAAGCUGAAAACGUUCGUCGACCAAUACUUCGACGGCGCAGGAGAAGAUCUGCUGCACCACGAGCCAGAGGACUUCGUCUCAGAUCCCUCCGAGUUUCUCCUAAACGUGGAGAACAAACAAGUCAGAGACUGGGCGCGUGAGGUCCACGGUCUCUGGAAAACACUUAGCCGCAAGGUCUCUGACUCCGUGAGAGAGUUUCCUGAACGGCACACGCUUCUACCGUUGCCGGAACCGGUUAUCAUUCCCGGUUCGAGAUUCAGAGAGGUCUAUUACUGGGAUUCUUACUGGGUCAUCAAAGGACUUAUGACGAGUAAAAUGUUCACUACCGCCAAAGGUUUAGUGACGAAUCUGAUGUCACUGGUUGAGACUUACGGUUACGCUUUGAAUGGUGCCAGAGCUUAUUACACUAACCGAAGCCAACCACCUCUGUUGAGCUCAAUGGUCUAUGAGAUUUAUAAUGUAACCAAAGAUGAGGAACUUGUGAGGAAAGCUAUCCCUGUGCUUCUCAAAGAGUACGAAUUUUGGAACUCAGGAAAACAUAAGGUGGUUAUUAGAGACGCUAGUGGUGCUGAUCACAUUUUGAGCCGUUACUACGCCAUGUGGAACAUGCCAAGACCUGAAUCCGCUGUUUUCGAUCAAGAAUCUGCUUCGGGGUUCUCUAAUACGUUAGAGAAACAACGGUUCCAUCGAGAUAUUGCUACAGCUGCUGAAUCAGGAUGCGAUUUCAGCACGCGAUGGAUGAGGAAUCCGCCUAAUUUCUCUACAAUGGCUACAACAUCAGUUGUACCGGUGGAUCUAAAUGUCUUUCUUUUCAAGAUGGAACUCGAUUUAGCCUUCAUGAUGGAGAUUAUUGGGGAUGCAAAUGGUAAAGACCGUUUUACAAAAGCGGCGAAAGCGAGAGAGAGAGCUUUUGAAGCCGUGUUUUGGAACGAAAAAGCAGGACAGUGGCUAGAUUACUGGCUUUCCUUCGAUGGUGAUGAGCCUGAGACAUGGAAAGCUGAAAACCAGAACACCAAUGUCUUUGCAUCUAACUUUGCUCCAAUGUGGAUUAGUUCCUUCAAUUCAGAUGAGAAUCUUGUCAAGAAAGUUGUGAAAGCUCUUGAAAACUCAGGGCUCAUAGCUCCUGCUGGAAUCUUAACCUCUUUGACAAAUUCGGGACAGCAAUGGGAUUCUCCGAAUGGAUGGGCACCGCAACAAGAGAUGAUCGUGACAGGGCUCGCGAGAUCAGGGCUAAAGGAAGCUAAAGAGAUGGCAGAGGAGAUUGCAAGGAGAUGGGUCAAAAGCAACUAUGCUGUUUACAAGACAAGUGGGACUAUUCAUGAGAAGCUCGAUGUUUCAAAAAUUGGUGAAUAUGGUGGUGGUGGAGAGUAUAAGCCACAGACGGGAUUUGGAUGGUCAAACGGGGUUAUAUUAACAUUCUUGGAGGAGUUUGGAUGGCCCUCUGACCUCAGCAUCGAACCUUAG